AUGGUACUUUUCACGACAAACUGUCGUCAAUUUUUUUGUCAAUAAAACGAAUUUCAGGUUGAGAAAAAAGCGGAACAGGCUAAAAAGGAGAAUGAGCCGGAGAAGAAGAAGGACACGGACAAGAAGGAGGAGAAGAAGGAAGACAAGAAGGACACUAAAAAGACGGAGGAGAAGAAGGACACAAAAAAGACGGAGGAGAAGAAGGACACGAAAAAGACGGAGGAGAAGAAGGACACGAAAAAGACGGAGCAGAAGAAGGACACAAAAAAGACGGAGGAGAAGAAGGACACAAAAAAGACGGAGGAGAAGAAGGACACAAAAAAGACGGAGGAGAGGAAGGACACUAAAAAGACGGAGGAGAAAGAGGAGGAGCAGGAAGAAGAGGAAAACGAGGAAAAUGAGAAGAAGAAGGAGAAGAAGAUGGAGCCGUUGCAGCAGAAGGACAUGCCGACGCCUUCGGAGCUCGAGGAGAUGCGGACGAGAGCACUCCGUGUGGAUCGGGUCGCCGCACUCAUCACGCUUCCCAUCAGGUGGGUGGACUGGGAAACGCUAGGCCAGGAAAAGUACCGGCCUAACUUCUUCCAGAGAUGGACUAGGAAAAAAAAAAGCUCUGCAGUACUCUCUGGCCGCUUGGAAACUUUUUGUAGUUUAGGAAAUACAUGACAGUGGCCCAUGUUCGCAAAUAGAGACUCUCUUUUUAGAAUCGGCGACUUCUACGCGACGCAUGUCCUGGGCACCGGCUCUUUCUCGAAAAUCUAUCUAGCACAUCAUCAGCACACCGAUUCGUACGUGGCAAUCAAAAUGGAAAUGGCGACGGUCAACCUGAACGUGCUGGCUCACGAGGCGACGGUGCUCCGCGAGCUGAACGCCUACGAGGCUGAUUUUCCGCACGUGCCCGCCCUCCACUACUUUGAGAAUCUGCCCGCGUGUCGUGAGUGUGGCCGAACUGGCGCGAGAGCAAGCGUUUGUAGGCGUCGGGUUCAGAUUGGAUGGCGAUGACGUUGUACGGAAAGAGUAUGGCCGAGUUGAAGUUGGUGUGCAGGGAUCAGAGGAUGCUUCCGGGCACCUGGAGUCGCAUUGGCAUUCAGAUUCUGUACGCGCUGAAGGGAAUCCACGAAAAAGGGUACAUCCAUCGGGACGUCAAGCCCGGAAACAUUCUUCUCGGUCGAGCGGAGGACGCGAAACGCUGGCGAUGCGUUCAUCUCAUCGACUUUGGAAUCGCUCGAAGAUACGCUUUCCGGGUUUCAACACGAUUAUUUAUGACUCGAAUCGGAAAUGAUUUGUUUAGGUCCCCUCGAAAAAUCCGACGGAUGAGGAGAAGAAAGUUGUGCCGGAUUGCUGGAUGCUGUGUCCGAUGCGUCGGAAGAUCCGAAUGCGUGGCAGUGUCCAGUUCUGCUCCCCGAACAUGCACUCCUGCAGCGAGCAGGGCCGUCGCGACGACAUCUGGUCGCUUCUGUUCACACUGACCGAUUUGAACGGCCGACUUCCGUGGCACGACGAUAAGGAUUCGAAUGUGAUUGGGGAGAAGAAGUUGGACGUGAAGACGUGGAUCGAGGGAGCGCACAUGCCGAAGAGACUGAUUCCUGUGCUGGAACAUUUGAAGGAGUUGCAAGUGUGGCAGAGACCACAUUAUCAGUACGCGAUUACUUUACCUCCAACUACUGUACUUUUAUUUUGUUCAGCUUUAUCUUCCGCACGUUCCAAUCGAUAAUGAAAUCAACGAACGUGACGCCCGUGUCGAAAUACUCGUUCGAGCCGAAUGAUCUGCUUCCGAAGGAGCUCGAAAAGCGAGUGAAAGGCGAAUGGGAGGACGAAAAAGGCACUUAUUUCGCAGUUAGUUUCCCCCCGGAAUGCCGCCGACGCACAAAAAAGGUUUGCAGAAAGACUCGAUCGGAUUGAACAAUCCGUCGCAAGUGCUCCGCAGUUACAAGUGCAUCGACACGAAGAUCGAGCAGUGGUGGCAUCAAUUGCGGAAUGAACAGAAACAAUUCGACAAAAGAGAGUACAGACAGGUACGCAGUCAGAUUUCGAGAAUAAAAAGGGAAAGACCGCAUUGCAGCUCUCUCGUCAAUACAAGUACGGUGAAGAUAUGGACAUUCGUGAGGCGAACGCCGAAUUUUGGCAAUUUAAGCAAGGCGCGCUCCGCAAGGCCCACGUCAAGGAUUAUUUGCUUCUGAAUCAUCUGCAAGAGGCGCUUAAGAAUGGAGUUUUGGACAAAUUGAGGGGCGCCGAACUGAAAGUGGACAAAAUCGUUGAAAAGAAUGAGGAGGAGAAGGAAAAGUACGGAGAAGCCGAGCAAAUAGAACCGUCUCCCGCUAAAAAUUAA